ACAGUGUAUUUAUUUAUCUACCCAUGCACUAGCUAGUAGUUACUAUAUAUCACAUGAUGAUUCAAGCAUUAAAUCAGUACUAGUCUCUCAGUACAGUCUACAGGAAACAUGGCUCUCCGUUGCAAGGAUGCUGUCAUCCUUCUCUUUCUGUUAGCUUCCUUCACUGAUGUGUCACUCUCCUUUGAUCCAUUAGAUGAUUUUGUGAUGUCUGAGUCUGUUCAACGUGCUGCAGAAUUUGAAAGAUGGACGAUAAAGCAUAAGAAGACCUAUGCAACUGCAGAGGAAUACAACUGGAGACUGCGUGUCUACACUGCCAACCAUUAUUAUGUUAAACGACUGAAUGAAGGGCAUGGACCUGCUACAGAGUUUGAGCUAAACCAAUUUGCUGAUCUCACUUUUGCUGAGUUUAAACGAAUUUAUCUUUCUUCAUCAUCUCAGCAUUGCAGAGCAACUACUGGCAAUUUCCAAAUGCCCGUUAAAAAGAAUAAUGUUGAAGAUCCAGUUGCCAUUGAUUGGCGCAAAAGGAAUGUGAUCACACCUGUCAGAGAUCAAGGAUCAUGUGGUAGCUGUUGGGCCUUCUCUGCUACUAGUUGUCUUUCAGCGCAUUUGGCUUUAAAAACUGGGCAGCUAAUCAGUUUGUCGAAACAGCAACUUCUUGAUUGUUCUCGUUCUUUUAACAAUCGUGGAUGCAAAGGAGGAUUGCCAUCUCAAGCAUUUGAAUACAUCAGAUACAAUGGUGGGAUAGAGUCUGAGAGGGAUUAUCCUUAUAAAGAUAGGGAAGAAAAGUGUCACUUUAAACCUUCCUUGGUUGCUGCUACUGUCACUGGUGUUGUUAACUUUACUCAAGGUGCUGAGGAUGAUAUUGCUGUAGCACUUGCUAAUAUUGGGCCUGUGAGUAUUGGGAUUCAUUCCACUAAAUCAUUUGCAACUUAUAAAAAAGGAAUUUAUCAAGGGAAGCUUUGCUCUAAAAAUCCAAGGAAAAUCAAUCAUGCUGUGCUGAUUGUUGGCUACGAUCAAACUGCAUCAGGUGAAAAGUAUUGGAUUGGGAAGAAUUCUUGGGGUACCAAUUGGGGCAUGAAUGGGUACUUCUGGAUCAGGAGAGGCCAUAAUGCCUGUGGCCUGGCCACUUGUGCCUCUUAUCCUGUAGUUUAAUGAUAUAUACAUGAGUUAUGAUGUCCAUGGACAGUUAUUAUGUAUAUGUAUAGCCUUUGAUUUGUGAGGCACUGGCUUAAUUUUGAUAAAUUUGUGAAAUAUAAAACACAUGAAGCUUAUUUAUCCCGU